AGCUUCGUCAUUUCCGGCGCCCUCCUCCUUUCCUUUAUCUCUCUCCCCACGCCCCCACGUUUCGCCCCCCAUUUCGAAGCCCACCGAAUUCCCUGCGAUUCCUCUCCCCUCGCCUCCUCGUCUCCCCCUAGGGGAUCGUCGGAGAGGAAUCGCAAAGAGGGCCGUCUCAUCCGAGUUAAGGAAGCCAUGGAGCACAAGGAGGCUGGGUGCCAGGCCCCCGAGGGACCCAUCCUCUGCAUCAAUAACUGUGGCUUCUUCGGCAGCGCGGCGACCAUGAACAUGUGCUCCAAGUGCCACAAGGAGAUGAUAACGAAGCAGGAUCAGGCCAAGCUGGCUGCCUCCUCUAUCGACAGCAUCGUGAACGGCAGCGACGCCGUCAUGGAGCCGGUUGUUGCUGGCAGCAACACGGUAGUAGCUGUUGCCCAAGUUGAGUUGCAAACAAUGAACGUGCAGCAGCCCGCUGAUGUUGCCGGACCCAGCGAGGGGGUGGCGGCGAUCUCCAAAGGGGGGAAGGUAGGGCCGAACCGGUGCAGCGCCUGCAGGAAGAGGGUUGGACUUACGGGAUUCAACUGCCGGUGUGGGAACUUGUACUGCGCACUCCACCGCUACUCCGACAAGCACGACUGCAAGUUCGACUACCGGACUGCUGCCAGGGACGCCAUUGCCAAGGCUAAUCCGGUGGUGAAGGCAGACAAGCUCGACAAGAUCUAGGGGGGGUUCCCUACGGUUGGGUAUCAGGAAGAUUGUAAACCGCGGUAACUCGUCAUGCGGAACUGCUGCCUUGCCCCCCGCGCCUUUCUCUUCCAUGUUUGCUGCUACAAUCUUGUUGUUGGGCAUUGCAGUGCACGGUGCACACUUGUGUAGCCCGCCUCGAGAAUUCCUGCCUCUGCAUCUGGUCAGUUCUAAAAUGAUUUGCAUGUUGGCUAUGUUGUGUAAGCUCUAUUUAUGGUGGUCUCGCUGAGACGGGUAUUUGGCUUCGCAGUUAUCUAGCUAUGUGAUGUACUGUUGUCUUGUCCCUGGGUAUUAUAUGGUACACUGCAGCCAGUAAUAGUAAUCUGCAACUGUGCGUUAAAUGGUCCGUCGUUUUCCUAUAC